AUGCUAGCCAUGGAAUACAACGAGAAGCUAAACGGUGCUUAUGAAAAAUACCAGCGAGAAUUGAAAGGCGCGGACGCCAAACACACCGACGACUACGACUGUCUUCAAUCUGACACAGUCAUCGAUGAGAUAAUACAGGAAGGCUUUCUUUCAACGCCGUUUGACGAUUAUUCAGUCGAGGAAGUGGAAUUCUUGAGAGAAAAGCUACCUGCGUCGAUUGGUUUGGGCCAAUUUUUCCUGAAACUGAUUGCGGAAUUCGGUUGGGGUGCGAUGGUAGUUCCAGGUCUCUUCAUUGAGCUGGACGACUUGAAGGAGAUUGGACAGGAGGAGCUUGAUGAGAUCAUGGAAUUGAUCCACUAUCAUUACGGCACCAAAGCCUGGAGAAAAGAGCUGCUUGAUAUAUCCCCCACGGUCUUGACAUUGAUAACGCAGGGAAUUCCCGAAGGCCAAACGCUGAAGAUCCUCACUGUGCCAGAUGGGGGUGAGACCGGACUGGCAGACUCGCCGCUGAGCGAAUGGUUUCGCUUCAUUCCAAUCACCAACGGAAGGCCAUAUAGGGCACCUGAGAGCCGAUUCUUGCCACGAGAAGAGAGCAUACUGCGACGAGUACCUUGCCCAGCCUCUACAAUCCCUGAGUUGGAAGGCCAAAAAAAUACUUCAAGUGUUUUCACAGCAAUUUGA